AGUCAUCAGUGAGAUCUAGCGGAGUGAGGGUGUGCGGGUCUCUUGUGUGCCUCAAUCUGUGUAGGAUAAUGAAUACGUCGCCAAAAUCUAUAUGAAAAUGAAGUAUAAAAGUAUCAGCAUAUUCAUUACGGGUGCCAUACUAGUUGCAAGAUUCACAGAAGUGAGCACGCAAGACAAUUAUGUGGGCAAGAGGAUUGGCGAAUUCAACAGCUAUCAUCACCAGGUUGGAGGUGAUGUAUAUGCAGUAGACCAGUCAACAUUCCUCAUCAAAAAAUUUAUGUACGAUGGCAAUGGGGGCGAUACGUUUUUCUGGGCAGGUGCUAGGCCACGGCCAGGUCCACAGGGCUUCAUUGUGCCCAACGAGCUGGGCAGGACCAACGUGCUUGAUCUUUACCUGAAUAAAGAUAUUACUAUCAAGCUUCCAGAUAAUAAGAAAAUAACAGAAAUUAAAUGGCUGUCAGUGUAUGACCUCAGUAGACUGGAGCCCUUUGGUGAUGUGUACAUCCCAGAGGGCUUUGAGCCACCCCAAACAAUCAUACUUAAUAAACUGUCCUCCAAGACGGGAGAAGUCAGGUCAGGUGCUGUUACCAUUGCUGACUCCAAGACAAUUAUUAUUGACAAGUUGUCAUAUGAUGGCACUGGUAAUGAUGUCUACUUCUGGGUGGGUGUUGGACCUCAGCCCCAUUCAAAAGGCAUACGGAUCCCAGAUGAGCAUGGAUACAUGACACCACUUCAAAAAUACAACAGGAAAACUGUCACUUUGCAACUUCCUGGUGAUCUCACUGUGUUCACCAUAGACUGGCUAUCUCUCUAUGACACAAAACAGCAGCGGGUCCUUGGCUCUAUCAUAAUCCCUGAGGAUCUUAAUGUUCCACCAUCACUUGUGGAGAUCAUUCCACAUGAAAACAGUAUGCCAAACUGUGUCCAACUCCACAAAGAGCUGCAGAUAUCAUGGGAGGUGUUUGGCGAUCAGAUCACCAUAGAGCUCGCUGCACAAGUGGAGGAAGAUGAAUAUGUGGCUUUUGGGAUGAGUGGUGAUCCCCAUGAGCCUAAAAUGGUUGGAGGUGAUGUAGUGGUUGCUUACAUGGAUGGAUAUCUUGGCUACCUGAUCGACUAUAACAUUUCUUCAUACAUGCCGUGCACAGAGCUGUUAGGCAACCACAAAGGUGUGUGCAAUGAUGACAAAGUUGGAGGCUAUCAGGACUACCAGCCAUUUAGUAGCAAAAGGGAAAAUGGUAUCAACAUUUUCACCCUCAGACGUCGCUUAACCACCC